UUUGAGGUAUGCAAGAGUUUAGAGGAACUAAAAAAGGAAGCGCUUAAAAAAGGAAGCUUGCAAAGACAGAUCUGAAUUGUGAUUAGACAGAGACAUUCAAAAGGAAACACAACAGAGAAGUUCUCUGAUGGACAGAAUACACAAGGUCUGAUAUAUAUAUACAUGCAAUGACAAAAAACAAUCCUCAAUUUUUCUCCAUCGUAUCGCCAACCACCAUGUCGAAAAUUCCCCAUUCAAACUGCCAGACGGACAACGCCAGCUUGCAGGUCCCGCUGGCUAUUUUCUAUGCACUCUUCUUCCUGUUCGGGUUGUCUGGGAACCUGCUGGCUCUCUGGGUGUUUCUGCGAGUACAUCCGAAGAAAAACUCGGUUCGCAUUUUCCUCAUUAACUUGGCUCUGGCUGACUUACUCCUCGUGAUCUGCCUGCCUUUCCGAGUGGUGUACCAUUUCAACAAUGACCGGUGGGUGCUGCCGCCAUUAAUGUGCAGGAUGGUGGGCAUUAUCUUUUACACGAACAUGUACAUUAGUAUAGUCUUACUGGGCCUCAUUAGUGUGGAUCGAUAUCUGAAGUUCCAGAGGUCGUCCUGUAGGCGGGUGUUCCUGUAUAGCCGAUGGAGCGUGCUUCUCUGCGGUGUCAUCUGGGCUGUGGCAUUUGUUUGUGGCAUUUGCCACAUUAUCCUGAAUGCAGAACAUGGUGAAUCCCAAAAGUGUUUCCAAUACAAAACACUGCAUGAAUCCAAAUGGAAAGCCUAUUUCAACUUUGCCAUCGUGGUUAUGUUUUGGCUGGUCUAUGGUGCGUUGGUAAUCUCCUAUGGAAGGAUCGGAAUGAACCUCCUAACAACCUCCAAAAAGAAACCGGAUUUCCCAAAUGCUGCCAAGUACAACAAAACAGCAUGGAAGUCCUUCUUUGUGCUUUUCCUCUUCACAAUAUGUUUUGUGCCCUACCACUCUGUAAGGAUUUUCUAUAUCAUGUCACAGAUAGCAAAAGACACCUCUUGCGAACAGAUAAGUGCGUUGGAUAAAACCAAUGAAGCAGUUCUGCUACUGUCUGCCUUUAAUAGCUGUCUGGAUCCAGUCAUGUACUUUUUGUUCUGUAGUUCUAUUCGUAAAGUGAUGCUGAAGAUCAUCUGUAAUAGCUUCUGUCAGCAAAAUACCACAGGAUUGAUCAGUUCUAUUGACACUCCACAGGAGCUCCCAAAUAUCAGUGCAGUUGUGCCUGUGACAAAUGCUCAGGAAGACAAACUAUCAAAAACAACAGAUAAAGAGGUGCUAUAAAUGUUUUUAAAACAUAUAAACCAUGUCCAAAUGUACAGCAAUUUUUUUUAUUAUGCAAGUAAAGAAUGUGAAUAUUUACAUGUGCACAGCAAAGUUAAAGGAAAUCUAAUAUUGUGCUGUGAACAGCGCAGAGUAUAUCUGUGCAUUUAUUUUCGAUAUUCAUCAGAAACACUACCUUUUUAAAUAAGUUACAUUACAUUUUACAAAAUGAUCAUACAAAAAUAGUUAACAUGCCCUUCAAUAUUAAUUACUGCAUCAUGAACUAACAAAGAACAAUAUUUUUAAAGCAUUUAUUAAUCUAGGUUAAUUAAAUAAUUUAAAAACAUUACAUUUUAGUUUAUAAGUAUUAUUGUUCAUUGUUAUUUCAUGUUUAUUACAUAUGAACUCAUUUGAACAGCUUGGAAUGUUACAAAAUGUAUUACUAUAUUAAAAAAAAAAAAAAACUAACAUUAACCAAUAUUAAUGAAUGCAGUUAAAGAAUUGUUUCAUGACAUCUUAGGCAUCAACUAAUGUUAACCAACUGAACCUUAUUGUAAAGUGUUAGUUAACAAUAUUCCAUUUAACUUGCGGUGUUGUAGCUGUGUUUGCAUUGCUUCUAUACAUAGUAUAGCAAAUAAAAUAAACAUGUAAUUUAAUUAUGUUAUGUUUCAAGAGUACAUGUGUUUAUGUUUUUAUGAUCAGUGGGCUCUAAACUACUCACAUGAAUACAUGCUAGUUUAUUUCUGUCCUUUUCUAAGAAUCACAGCUGGGAUCAUUUGUAAUGAACUACAUCCACUGUGUAUACUGUGUAAAAAUAGAAGAAACCUAUUAAACUUAUACAAGAACCGUAACAGCAAUUCAACUGAUACAAUGUCCUAU